CAUAAACCAACAAGUUUUUUUUACCAUCUUAUCUCUCUGAAUCUUUCAUCAGUAUCUUUUCAUCUCUUCUGUGAAAGGAAAUGGCUGGUGCGCAGGGGGAGCCAGGGAGCUCUAUGGAUGGAGUGACUGGCAGAGAACCAGCUUAUGCUUUUUCUGUGGCUUCGGUUGAGACCGAUAAAACUGCACACUUCGAUCUACCAGUAGACUCUGAGCACAAAGCAACAAAGUUCAAACUUUUCUCGUUUGCUAAUCCACAUAUGAGAACUUUCCAUCUCUCAUGGUUGUCUUUCUUUACUUGUUUUGUAUCAACAUUUGCUGCUGCUCCUCUUGUUCCUAUUAUUAGGGAUAAUCUUAACUUGGUUAAAGGCGAUGUGGGUAAUGCAGGAGUUGCUUCUGUCUCUGGAAGUAUCUUUUCAAGGCUUGCCAUGGGAGCUGUUUGCGAUUUACUAGGGCCAAGAUAUGGUUGUGCCUUCUUGAUGAUGCUCUCUGCGCCAACUGUGUUUUGCAUGGCUCUAGUUGGUUCUCCUGGGGGUUAUGUAGCCGUUCGUUUUAUGAUCGGGUUUUCUCUCGCUACAUUUGUUUCUUGUCAAUACUGGAUGAGUACUAUGUUUAACAGUAAGAUCAUUGGGACAGUAAAUGGUACUGCCGCAGGUUGGGGAAACAUGGGUGGUGGUGCAACUCAACUUUUAAUGCCUGUACUUUACGAGAUAAUCAGAAAAUGCGGUUCUACCCAAUUCUCAGCAUGGCGUAUUGCCUUCUUCAUCCCUGGUUGGAUGCAUAUCAUUACAGGGCUCAUGGUUUUGAUCCUUGGACAAGAUCUUCCUGAUGGAAAUCUUGGUGCCUUACAGAAGACUGGAACAGUUGCCAAAGACAAGUUCUCCAAAGUACUUUGGUAUGCUGUGACAAACUACAGGACAUGGAUCUUUGUUCUACUUUAUGGAUACUCAAUGGGUGUAGAAUUAUCUACCGAUAAUAUCAUUGCUGAGUACUUCUUUGACAGAUUUGAUCUAAAGCUCCACACAGCUGGUAUAAUAGCUGCUGCUUUUGGAAUGGCCAACUUCUUUGCUCGCCCAAUUGGUGGAUAUCUCUCAGAUAUUGGUGCCCGUAGAUGGGGAAUGAGGGCCAGAUUAUGGAACCUAUGGCUCCUCCAAACUGGUGGAGGUCUCUUUUGCAUAUGGCUUGGUCUUUCCGAUUCACUUAUUGUCUCUAUCGUGGCUAUGAUCCUUUUCUCCCUUUGUGCUCAAGCUGCAUGUGGAGCUACAUUCGGUGUUAUUCCUUUCGUUUCUCGGCGGUCACUGGGUAUCAUUUCAGGUUUGACCGGUGCCGGCGGUAACUUCGGUUCCGGAUUGACCCAAUUCUUGUUUUUUACAAGUUCAAGCUUUUCAACCGCGGAUGGAAUUGUUUACAUGGGAAUUAUGAUUGUGGCAUGUACCCUGCCCACAGCUUUCAUACAUUUCCCUCAGUGGGGAAGUAUGUUCCUUCCAGCUUCAAAAGAUAUCGAAAAAUCUAAGGAAGAGUACUACUAUGCAUCCGAGUACACCAAGGAGGAGCAGGCUCAGGGAUUGCAUUCAAACAGUAUCAAGUUCGCUGAGAAUGCUAGGUCGGAACGUGGUGGCCGUGUCGCUUCUGCACCAACCCCACCUGGAUCUACACCCCAACAUGUUUAGCUUAAGGUUGCAGAGACACACAAGACGCUAUAAACAUGUACACAUUGUAUACACACGAGAAGGUGGUACUUAACGGUCCGGCUUUGAUUAUGAUUUGUAAGUUUUCCAAAAUAUUUUCCAGUUCAAUGUUUGAUCUGUUUUACGAAAAGGUUAUUUGUGGUUUGGUACCUAUGUUUUGUCUAGCAUCGGACUUUGAUUUACAGUUAUUCAAGUAUUGAGGGUUGUAAUGUACCUGGAUCAUUAGUUGAUUGUCAAAGACUCGGUAAUCUCAAAUAACUUCGUGUUCUGAACCUUGGUAA